UACUGCAAAAUGGCUUUCAAACAUAAAGAAGGUUUAAUAGCACAUGAACGAAUACAUACGGGUGAGGAACCAUACCGAUGCCCACAUUGUGGUGAAUAUUUCCGAACUCGUCAAGAAAUAGAAAGACAUGAGCGAACUCACAUUUAUGGAACACCUUAUGUUUGUAAUAGAUAUUCUCAAUUAUUUUUUUUAGUUUAUCGUAAAUAUUUCGAUGUUUUUUCGUGCAUUAAUAAAUAAAUAUUUUGAGUUUUUCUCGUAAAUAUUUUUGGUUGCCCUGAUGAUGAUUUUAUGAAGUCAUGCAUACUAUAUUAGAAAUCGAAACAUGAUCAUACUCUUUGUUGAAAACAUUCCACACAAAGCACUUAUGGUGGAGGUGAAUGUUAUAUCAACGAUAUACAACUGGUAUGUCAUUCCUGCCAAAAAAAAAAACAGAAUAAUAAUUUUUUUGCAUUGAAAUGAAGUUAAUAAUAUUUUUGUAAAAUAAAAAUAUACAAAUGAUUCUUCUUUUUUUUGUAAUAAAUUCAUCUAAAUUUCCAUAAAUUAUUUUGUUCGAUUAUUCAACUGUGAAAUAUUCAAAUAGUUUCUCUUCAAUACUUAAGCCCUUCUUCAAUUUCUACUCUCAGUACUCAAACUGAUUGGCAAAUACUCAAGGAGUAGACAUAUGAGUUUGACAUUUUGAAGGUAAACAAUUUGAAGAUGUUUGGCUACUGAAAGUAAAACAUUGGAAUGAAGUGUAUUUUGUUGAAUUGAAUAAAAUAAGCGGGUUGAACAAGUUCCCCACAGAAAAAAAAAAUGGACGAAUCUAUUGCAUUGCAUCAAUGUUUGUUUUGUGAGCAAACUUUUAAUAAAGCCGCCGACAAAGACGAUCACAUUUUGGAGCAUUUUGCUCAGGAAACUUGUGCGGAUUGCGAUGAAAACUUGAUUCGAAUCGGUGGAUAUUUGUAUGUUCGUCAUAAUGAAGCGACAUGCAUAAAGAAGGUGUCAAUUUCGGAAGAAAAUGUCGAAUCAUGUACGGUCAUUGAAUCUGUUCUGCACCCUCUGGACCCUUUGCAAUGUGAUGAAAAUGGUGCCACCACAAAUUUGGUGACAUUAGGUACAUGUGAAGCGAGAAUGCAAGAAAUACAAACAGAGCCGUCCGAUCGUCGUGAAGAAGAAGAAGAAGAAGAAGAAGGAGAAGAAGACAUUCUGGUGGAAACAAAUGGCUUGGAAUCAGUAAUAUCAACACGUGAGAGUAAAAUGGUGUCAACGGUAUCAAAUGUUGAUUUGGCGAUAUUGGCCCGAUUUCCAGAUAUCAACCCAAAUCCAGUUGUUGUGUUGGAAGAUAUUUACGGAAAAGGAGAUACAGAACGACUACACAAAUCGAAACGCCGGAGGAUUAAUCAAAAGGUUAAUGAAGAUCUUGGAUCAAGGAGCGAUGAACCAUUGCCAUUCGAGAAAGUAAUAGUAAAGGAUGAGCAUUGUGAUGAACAUGAACCGAACCAGCAGUACGAAACUGAAUCACAUCAAUUACCUCAACAGAACAUGAACACUGAACAAUCAAAUAUCCUGCAGUACGUGUGUAAAACUUGUGGGAAAGCAUUUAAAACCAGAGCAUUGCUAGGAUACCAUAACUAUAUUCAUACCGGGCAAAAGCCGUAUAAAUGCAAAUUCAAUGGCUGCGAAAAGUAUUUCAGAUGUUUUAGGAUGAGAAAUCAACAUUAUAAAACACACUUCAAUCUAGAACCAUCACCAUUCCAAUGCAAAAUUGAUGGCUGCGAUAGUCAAUUUUCAUACCCGUGCGCUUAUCGACUGCACAGAGCCAGAGUGCAUGGCAUAAUCACACGCGAGUAUAAAUGCAAAGUUUGCUCGAGCGCAUUAGACACAAAAGAAAAACUAAUUGAACAUGUGGCGACGAUGCAUCCACCUAUUGAGGAUGAAGAGAGGAUUUAUCCAUGUACUUACGAUGGUUGCAAAAAACGUUUCAAAAAUAGACAGAGCUGGUCAUUACAUCAAAGAGCACACAGUGAUGAAUUGCUCAUUUGUUCAAUCGACGGAUGUGAAAAGCAAUUUAAGUUUCGAUCUAUGUUGAAAUUGCAUCAAUCCAAAGAGCAUAAAACGAAUGAGUCGGUGCAAAAUGAUGAACGAAAUGUUCAGAAGCCGAUUCAAGAACAACAAGAUCAAGACGCUACAUUCACUCAUAACGAUAAUGAUACUCGGGCACAGGAAACAAUUUGUAAAGAAGAGUUGAACAUCGAAAUGGAUCCAAUGGAACAGUCUGAUAAUGAGAUCAGUGCUCAGAAUACAGAAGACUUUGAGCAGAAUUAUGAAAAUAUCGACGAUGAGAAGCAGGUGAUUGAACCUCAACUGACUGAGAUACAGCAUCAGAAAGAUAACAAUUAUAAAUGUGAUGAUUGUGGUAGUACAUUCGGGUCGCAAGGUUCAAAGGAAGCGCACAUACUGCGUUUUCAUGCUGGAGCCGGAUUUGCGUGCGAAUAUUGUAAAAAAGAAUUUUCAAAGCGCCGUAAUCUUAGGAAUCACAUUCAUCGGAUGCAUGAUGGAGAUGGGAAGAAACAUAAAUGCGAACUUUGUGAAUCGUUAUUUUAUACCAAGACCGAAUUGCUAGCCCACAUUGAUUCGAUCCACUUGCGAAUACAAAAAUACAAAUGCAAUAUUUGCGACAAGGGUUUUGUGCGUAAACAAUUGUUAACAGUUCACGAGCGCAUCCAUUCGGGAGAGAAGCCGUAUAAAUGUGAUUUUGAAAAUUGUAACGAACGUUUCAUAAGUCGUAAUCAACAAGUAUGUCAUGAGCGGGUUCAUGAGUAUGAAGAACUUUUUGUUUGUGGAAUUGAUGGAUGCAAAGGGAAAUUUCGCAGAGCCCAAAGUUUGAAAUUACACCAAGACAGAGAGCACAAAAUAUUGCAAUUGAAGAUAAUCCAGACGGGAAAUAAUAUAGAGGAAAUUAUGAUUGAAAAACAAAAUCAAAAAAAUGAUUACCACAAAUGCGAUAAGUGUGGCAAAACGUUUGCUUCGCAAAGUUAUAAGGAAACGCACAUCAUACGUUAUCAUAAUGGAUCUGGAGACUUUACCUGCAAAGUUUGUGGAAGAGAAUUCACAAAACGGUUAAAUUUGGAGCGUCACAUGUAUAUCCAUGAUCCAAAUAAAUGGAAAUUUAAAUGCGAUUCAUGCGAGACAUCAUUUGCUAACAAAUCUGAAUUAAAAAAACAUUUUGAAAAGCAUUUAAUUGGAAAAUUAAACGAUACAAGUGUAAGGUGUGCAAAGUGACUUUCAAGAAAAAAGAAUAUUUAACAAUCCACCAGCGGAAAAUGGGAAUACUCAAAUAUUGGUCAAAAAACGUAUUUCCCACAAAUCAAUUUUUUUUUCGAAUUAAGAAUAGGUCCAAUUAUUUGUAGAAAAAAUGUAGAAUUCAAAGCAGUCAUCCGAUUCAUGAUGUUUUCAACGAUUUAUUUUGACAACAGCAGUGUUUUUAAUUUUGUACGGGAGAAUUACUGCUCCAAAACUGGUCCAAACUGUUUUAAUAAUUGUAGUAACCCAGAAUUAAUUGUAGAAGCAUCUAGGAUUAUUGUAGUGGCCAGAGAAUAGUUGUAGGAGCAUCGAGGGCAUAAGUAGUGUCUUUCAAAAAUCAAAAUAAACAUUUCAUGAAAUUAAUAAUUUGUUCAUUUUUAUUUUGCAACCAGAUUAAAUGUUAGUUCUAUAACAGAAAUAUAUUGUUAUUUUCGUUCGUGUGGUAAAGUUCAAUAUUGUUUUAUGAAAAUUUUGAUCAAGCAUUUGAUUCACUGUGAAUAAAAACAGCGUAUUGCAUUGGUCGCCAAACAACAAAA